AUGAAAACAAAUAGUUUUCAUAAUGAAGAGGGAUUCUUUGGGUCUUUGGAAGAAAUAUGUGGUAAUUUUGUGGGAGAGCUAUAUAUGGAGGAGUUUACAGAGUCUGAAGAAUCGGUUAUAGGAGAUGAAGAUACCAUUCAUAGUGAAAAAGGAUUGAAACAAAAAGGAACUGAGACUCCGAGGAGUAAGUCAAUUUUAAUUAAGCUCCCGAGUGAUAUUAACCAAGAAGAGGAUGAUGAAAAAGAAGAGUUGGUUUGUAAAGAAGAAAGUGAAGUAAAAACAGAGACAUCUCAAGGUUUUAGUAAGAAUAUAACUAAGGGUAGAGGGGUUAGUGCAAAUUCGAAUGGAAUUAGUUUGGAAGCGACAGAAACGGAUGUGGAAGAUGAAUCAAUUAAAGUAGUAAUUCCUGAGAAAUUGUUGGAACCAAUGAGUAGGAUUAGUUUGGAUGAGUUGCAAGCAAGAACUUUGUUUUGGGGAGAAAUGGAUUUAAAAGAGGAGAAUCUUGAAAAUUUAGAUUCAUUUGAUUCCAGGUACUCGGUAUUGAAUAGUUCGAGGUCGUUUUCAAACAAUUUAUUAAAGGUAACGAUGGAGGAUGGAGACAGUGACAAUGACUCUGAACAAGAUUUAGAGUACUUCCAAAUGUCUGAGAGUGAGAAGUUGAUGUUUAAGGUAAAAUCCAAAAUUAAAGUCGAUCAUUUUCUGGAAAAGGUAUCUAACAAGAUUUCCGUUUUCUUUUCGAAUGGAAAUGACUAUGAUGAAUCUACUGAAUUCUUUUUACAUAUUGAUACAAAGGAUCCUAGUUUUUCAAAGUAUGCAGGAGGUCUUUCUAAGGAGCUUAAGGAGAGACUGGGUUUAGAUAAUUCAUCAAAGGGCAAUUUUGGGGUGGAUUUACUAGCAGGUACUGAUACAUUAGUAAAGAAUCAAGAAACCGCUACUUUUGGAGGAGGGAGCAAAGAGCAUGAACAGAAUAGAGCUGAAUCUAAUCAACCUUCUUCUGGAGCAGGGGGAAACAAUAACAUUACCACAGGUGGUGGUAGUAGCAAACCUUUGAGUAAGGCUCAGCAGGAACGUCAAAGACGGCAAAAGAUGAAGAAGAUAGACAAACAAAAACGAUUAGAGCUUGCCAUUUUGGGGAUGAAUCCAUUGGAUUACGAAGGUGGGAUGAGAAAUCCUGAAUCAGGGUUAGAUGAAAACCAGGAUUUAAUUGAUAUGAAGGAUGGGGACGAUGGAAAGGGAAAAGAGAGUCAAGGAGUGUCAUCUUCCUCCUCUUAUAAUAGUGGGAUAGCAGCUCUGGCUUCAUCCAUUUUGAUGUCUAACAAACCUCAAGAGGACAGAAUUUUUGGUUUAAAGCUUCGAGAAAUGUCUUUGGGUGAGUCUUCUCUUUUUUCUAUCCGUAAUUUUCUUCAUUUAGUUCCAAAGCUAUUUGAAGGGAAAUCAUAUGGUGAGGUUGAUGAUUUUUUUGAAGAAGUUAAAGCUGCAGUUAAUUCUUCAGGAUCCAAAAAGGGAAAAUUAAAACAGCUAUCAAAGAAUAGGAAUGAGUGGCAAAACCUAUUGAUAAAGUGGCUCACUUAUGUCAUUAAGUUUUCAGAAAGAAACGGAGUUUCAAUUUAUGAAUCCUGGGCUAUGAGUAAUCGUCAAUACCAUGAAAGUAGGGUUUUGUUAAAUAGUUUGGGAGGUAAUUACGGAGGGGGUGAAGGAGUUGGUGGAGGGGACCAUGCUGGAGGUAGUUCUUUGCUUCCAAUUUCCUCUAUACAUACUCCCUUGGCUUGGUCUUUUUAUUUGGUUAGUGGAAACAUGACUCCAAUAGACGGAGUUAGAUUCCACAAAUCUGAUUUUAGGAUGGGAAUUUUUGAGUCAUUUUCCUCGAGAUCCAGUCAGAUUUACACCUAUUCUUCCGGUUGGUUUACCUCUUUGGUGAACUCUAAGACUGCAAAAUCUGAGUUAGGGUUUGAGCCUUUUGGCCCCUGGCUGAUUACCCCUUUGUUUCUUGGAGCCAAAGGGGGGGGAUCACAUGGACAUUCUUCAACACCUCAGCUUCUUCACAGGUAUUUCCAGAGACAGAGAGAGUUCAAAGAUGUUCCUUCCAGUAUCAAUUCAUCGAUUUGCUUUGUUUCUCCAGAUGACUUAUCUUUAAUCCAUCAGACCCCUUUAGCUCUCUUUGAGUAUUUGGAACAGUAUCCACUCUUGUUAAAUAACUUAGGAAUGGCAGCAAGAAUUCACAGAUAUGUAAGAUGCGAGGAUGACUCCAAUCGAAAACAGAUAGAAGAUUUACUUUCUGAGUGUGGACCUUUGGGUUCUGUUCAAAAAGUCCAAGAAGAGAAUAAGACAGGAUCUUCAUCUCAACCUGGGACUUUCCCUAAAUUCUUUGGGGUGAAUUAUCCACUAGAGGAGAAUGAAUCAAUGGCAGUUUUGGAAACUGGUUUAUUUAAAGCUCCAAUAUAUCACCAUCCCAAGAAGCAAAGAAACUCUCAAGCUAAUGAAAAUACUAAUAUUGAGGAUAACGAGUCUUCUUUUAUUAAAGAUGAUGAGGAUGAUGAUGACCGAGAUCGUAACGGGAAAAGUAUGUUUUCAACAUACUUCUUACUAAUUAGGAAGCAGAUCCAGCAAGGGUCUCCCAAGUGUGGAUUAUAUUUAAGGCCUUUAUCUGGAGACAGUUUGACUUGUCUAUAUUCAGUUGGACAGGAAGAACCUUUAAUUGAAGUGCCUUGUGUAGAUAGUAAAAGCUUUUCCAAUUUAAGACGAGACCAACUGAAAGCUCUUGUCUUAAGGUAUGCAAAGGAGAAUGGGAAAGACACUUUUAAUGAGGCGAGAAAACUGAGCCAGAAGAUGUUUAGAAACACUUUUGACCAAAAUACUUUACAAAAGAUUCUAAUGUCUUGCAAAGAGACCAAGGAAAGCUCUGGAAGCGAAUCUAUUUCUGUAAUUGGAGGGAACUCAGGAGUAGGAGUUAAUACAAUAAGCUCUAACAGUAGCCACUCCAAUUUGGUUGGAGGAAUUGGAGGAACUGGGGGAGGAGGUGGUGGAAGCAACAGUAGCCAGUCAAGUAUUCAAGGAGGAGGUUCAGGAGGUGGAGGAAUUCUGAUUAAGCAGCUGAAUGAAUCAGAAUUGAGGCAGAUUAUCAAUCCUGAGUCACUUUGUGCUUUGGAUAGCUCAGUUUCAGGUGAUAUGAGGCUAAAGCAGAUAGGAGUAAGGUCUUUAAGGCAUUUCUCAAAGAUCCCCAUAGUAGUAAGCGAACUGGAUCAAAUGGAAGAGAUUGCCAAGCAAUACGCAGAACAGGCCAGGAGGAAGACCAACAGCUUAUUAGAGAGGAGCAAGAAGGAGACUCAAAUUAACUAUAAUUUGGGUGGGUCUUGCAACUACUCAUCUUUUUUGAGUUUAAUCAAUGAAGUAAGUACUGGACUGAUCAACUCAAAUGGUAGAAGACUUACUCCGGUGGCUCGAUAUAUUGAAGAGUCUCUCUUAUUAUCACCUUGGAACAUUACUCAAGAGUAUGGACAAGUAAUGAGACACCAGAAUGGCCAAUUUAGUAUUGCAGGUAUCGGAGAUCCAAGUGGAGGAAGAGGAGAGGGGGUUAACUUUAUAAGGAGGGGACUAAUAGAUUCUGCAAUAGAGUCUAGAAGUCAAAAGUCUUUGGCAGGAAAGAGUGAAGAUUUAAGGAAACUUUCAAUGGAUCAGCUAAGGCAGAGACUUCUACAAUGUGGAUUUGACGACGUAGCAAUUAUUCCUCUUCCAAGAUGGGACAGAGUAGCUCUAGUCAGACAUUUUGAUACUAGUGGAGGUAAUUCAAAUGGGAAAUCCGGAGUUGGAUCCUCAAACAGUAUGCUUCAGAAUAAAGCCUUAUCAUCUGAGGAGUAUCAGAGAGCCAUAGUAAAUGUACUUAUUAAUCAGAAGAAUGCCUUGAGUCCAGAUGAUCCAGUAAUGACAGAUGAUGAUGAAGAGGGAGGUGGUGCAGGAGAGGAAGAAGGAAAUUUAGAAGAGGAGAUGGAUUUGGACUUAGGGUUUGAAAAUACAGCGAGCAAGUGCGAGGCAGAAGGCUCUGGAGGAGAAUUGAAGUCUUCGCAAGAUGUUGAUAUGGUUGAAUCAAUGAUUAUUGAUAGCUCCAAUUCUAGAUCGGAUUUGGGAACUUCUCAAGGGAAUGAGUUAAGCCCUAAUAAUAAUUCGGAUGCCUCAAACUCUGAAUCAGACGAGGAUCUGGAUUUGGAGGAGUCCUUCAUUUCUUCGCUGGUUAAGUUCAACGAUGAUAAAAAUGAAGUUAACCCAAAAAGCACUGGGAAAUAUGAAGGAGACAGUAAUUAUGAUAAUAGUAAUAUUUUGGGUACCGAUUAUUCUAAUAAUAAAGUUAAGCAGAAAAAGCAAAGCAAACUAUAUGACCAGUUAUAUGGUAAUUCAAACGAAGAUACCGGAAGAGAUGAAGAAGAUGAAAAGGAUUUGGAGGAGUUUAGAAGGAUGAUUUCCAAGAGUACUCCUCAGGAUGGUAAGGAUCCGGACCUUGAUUCUAAUGGAGCUGAAUGGAGAACUCAAAAUUCGCAAGAGGAUCCUUCCUCUUCGGCUCAGGAAUAUGUUCCAAGAAUAGCUUGGAUACGUGUAAGACGUAAUAUGAAUACUUGGCAAUAUGAAGAUGAGAAGGUUGUUUAUAUAUAUGGGGAGGAGAAUAUCCGGUAUUUCCUUUAUUGGAGAAGAAUGAGAAUGCAGCUUAAAAGAGAGGAAAGACGCCAGCUAAAUCCUACUGGUGUUCCAGGAGUUUUGGGAAGAGCAAGCAGAACUUGCAGAAGAUGUGGACAAGUCGGACAUAUAGCCUCGAAUCCAAUGUGUCCCUACUAUGAAGGGAAUAAAAGCAGCACAGGAACAAGUAGAUACCAAAAUGCAAUUUCCCACUCUAAGAAGAAAAAUAUAUUGCUUCCAAAAAGUCUUGAUAUUGGAGGAGGUAUAAGUUCCUGCAAAUUAUCUGCUACUGAAGAAGAAAGUACAAUUGCAAAUCUUUUAGGGAUGGGGUAUUCACAAACAAAUAAUCAUGAUAUUAAACAGUUAGUAACUUUAGACAAUGUAGUUCAGUCAGUUAGAGUUGGGAAAAGAGGAAGGCCACCUUCGAAUCCUGCCUCUAGCUCAAGAGGAGAAGCAGGAAUAAGCAAUUUGUCAAUGAGUAAUUCUCAACUCAGCUCAUCAAAUCUAGGAAACGUUGAAGACUCUGCUGAGAUUCAAUCUAACACACAAACAGGUAUGGGAAGUGGCUCUUCAGUUCAAUUCUCAAGACUUUCUGCAAGGCAAAGAAGAAAAAUGAUGGAUAAUGAUGACAAAAGUUCAGUAGUUAGCUUUACUAGCACUGCUUUGAAUGCUGGCUCUCAAGCAAGUAAUUUAAAUAAUAAUUUAAAUCUUCUAAAUGGAGGAGUUGGAUUGGAUAUUCCCAAUAAUUUGGAUGGAUCCCAUAAUGUAAUUAAUGCAGGACCUAAUAUUAAUUCUUACACUGAAGCUUUAGAUGAAUUUUGUAUUGAACUUCAAAGAAUUAUCAAUAGUACAAAAACUCUUCAUCACUAUUCCCACGUUUUUUGGAAUAGAGUUAGUGAAAGAAUUGCACCUAAUUAUUAUAAUUUAGUUAAAAGACCAAUGUGGCUUCAACUUAUGAUAAAUAAGUGCAAAAAAAGAGAAUAUAAAUCUAGAAAAGAUUUUCAAGAUGACUUGAACUUAAUUGUUGAAAACUGCAAAAUUUAUAAUGGAAUAAAUCAUCCUCUUGUUUCUGUUGCAACUUUAAUCCAAUCAAAUGUCGUGAAAAAGAUUGAUGAAAUUCAAGGAAUAGAAAAAAUUGAAGCUUAUUUAUCACUAAAGCCUUAA